AUGACCCUCGGCCGCUACACAAUUAUAGCAGCUGCAGUCGCGCUCUGUGCAAAUGUAAAAUCGGCUAAUGCAACCGAUGACUUUAAUGUGCUGCAUGGACAGCCAACCAUUCCUGCUGCCUUGAAUGCUGAGGAUGCCGCUCGCGCCAUCACGACAAGACUGUUGAGGGGAUCAAAUAAGACUGCGAAAAGCAAAACUGCCUUUGACGAAAUCCUGGAAGAGCGUGGAAUCUAUCCAAGUGAACUCGCUCGAUCUCAUCAAGUCGCUAUAUCAUCUGGUGGUGGAGGCAAGACUCAUGACCAUCGAAAGCAAUUGCUCGAUUAA